AUGCCUUUCGGUAGUCAAGCAACACCUAUAUUCUGGAACGGUGAACAAUACCUGUCACCUAGGGCGGUAGACCGGAAAGAGGAAUGUGAUCUAUAUGUGGGUGAGACCGAAUUUGCAGAGUUGAAUCAGGAGAAUAUUGCAUCUUUUAACCAACAACAACAACGUGACCCGUUUGAUUCAAUGCAUAGCCAAACUGAGAACAUGCAGUACAGUACUCCCAACUUUUCAAGUGGAAACGAUAACUUUGCAAUCCAACAAGAACCACAACUAGCGUAUGUUGCGUCACAGAACGGAUACCCUUUCCAUAACAUGCAAUCUCAAAGAUCGAACCAUAAUUCGCAAGGUCACGCCAGUUAUGUUUCGUCGGAUUUUUCCCAGCAUCAGGUCAACAAUAGCCAUCCUUUGUCGCCAGGAACAUCUGAAACUUCAACAAAUUAUGACAUUGACAAAAAGGUUUUGCAUGAGCAAGCGAGUAGAAACACCAAAAAAUCAAAGAGAGCGUUGUUGGAUGAAGAGGAUGCGCUAUUGAUCGCUAGGGACGAUUCGGAGCUAACCGAGGAAGAGUUGCAAUUGAAGAGGAAAGCUCAAAAUAGGGCUGCACAACGUGCGUUUAGAGAGCGUAAGGAAACAAAGUUGAAGGAGUUGGAAGCCAAAUUGUUACAAAGCGAAGAAGAGAGGCAGAAAUUGAUGGAGCAGCUCGAUAUCAUCAGAAAGCAGAACUUGUCCAUCAGUACGGAAAAUGAAAUUUUGAGAACAAAUGAAGGCUCAGCGAUAGGGAGUAGGGUGCCAAUUGACAAGUUUCAUUUCCCACAAUCGCAGGAUGAUUUCAUCAACGAAAUAACUCGUGGUACGAACCACCAAGUGAAAAGAGAAUCUAUCAACAAAGUGUAUGACAAUUCACAAGGAGAGAAAUUGUUGGCCCUUGGUGCCGUGUGGGACUAUCUACAAAUUAAAGCAGAGGAGGCAAACUUGGAUUUGACAACUAUUGAUUUUACUGAGGUUAUGGAUAAAUUAAAAGGCAAUGAAAGAUGCCAUGGAUUUGGUCCUGCCUAUCCGUUGAGUUUAGUACAACAGGCUGUAGAAUCCAGUUUUAGAUGA